GCGGUAGCGGCAAAGCGCGAGACGAUGUCGCGGAUUUCAGGCUCCGUCAGGACUCUCGGUGUGCCAAACACGAUGGCGCUAGAACUUCUGGCGAUGAGUCCCGGGCCCAGGUCCAUGGGUACGGCGCUGGGGGCUACCGUCUUUGCCAUGUAUGCCCGCGUGCCGGCACCAAUGGUCGACUGCCUUCCGGGAUGGUUGAUCUGCAUGAUGGUCGGGGUGCCGUGCGAGCUCGCAGCUUUGACCCAUUGCGACCACGAAGAGACAUGCUCUUGGCUGCUCAGCGCAUCGUUGACAGCAACGUCGUCGGGCGUACCCAUGUAGGCUGCAUCGACGUGGACGUUGCCCGUGAGUAGGAGACCCCAUCCGCCGUCCGCCCAGAGGCGGUAUGUCUCUAUAAGGUCAGCAUGUGGCAGCGCGUCACGGUCGGCCCAGCCCUCUGCCAUGGAUGCCUUGACUAGGCGGUUUGGGAGUUUGAGUCCGCAUUUCAGCGUAAUUGGCUUGGCCGUCUCUAAGUCCAGUGGGUGAGAGGUUGUCAUUGUAGGAGUGUGUUGGGGCGGAUAGAAAAAGAAUGAAAGGUAUCGAUUAUAGCACACGUUACUGGAUAUAUUCAAAAAAGAAUGGAGUGGACUAUAAUACAGCUAUUCCAACCAGGCUAAUGCCGUGGCUUAUACUUGUCUUGUAAGGCAACGCGAGAACUUGCGCGGCAAUGGUGGCGAAGCUGGUGUCUGAUGCGACGGAAUUGUAUGCCGCGGUUGUCGCCCGGCUGUUGCAUGUUCCCCUCAUCGCACAUCAUCGCACCAUGAACUAUUUCUCCACCUCUUAUUCACCUGCCACCAUGGAGAUUAGACUUAAGCCCGAGCGUGUAACAUUAUAAUGACCCUAGAUAUCAUGCCGAUUGAUAGUGUAGCACAAUGUACACACUACCCGCCUUAUCUCCGCCGCCAUCGAAACCUAGGAACCGGAUUGUGCCGAGGCUAUAAUCCGGGUACGUCCUGCGCGAUGAUUUAAAGAUGCUGCUGGAAGAAGGGUCGGAAACAGAGGAAUGAAAGAAAUAACUGGUAACGUUUGAAAACAUGAGCAAGGCAUAUGAUUACGACGUCAUUGUAGUUGGCGGAGGCAUUGCCGGUAUUUGUGCUGCCUACCGUUUGCAGGAGCGAUGUCCUCAAUUAUCAUACUGCGUCCUUGAGGGUCGCCAUGAGAUCGGUGGCACCUGGAGCCUCUUUAAAUAUCCUGGCAUUCGCUCGGAUUCAGAUCUGUACACGUACAGCUUCCCAUGGCGCCCCUGGCGGGGCAAAUCCAUUGCGUCAGGUGCACAGAUUCUUAAGUAUCUUAAGGAAGCAGUGUCAGAGUUCGGCAUGGAGAAGCACACCAAAUUCAACCGCCAGGUGGACAGCAUGAAUUGGUCCUCUGACACCAAAACAUGGACCGUGGACAUGACAAACACUUCCAGCGCCGGAGAAAACGGCAGUAUCAAGACGGAACGUCUUCAAUGCCGCUUCAUGCUCCUGGCUACUGGGUACUACGACUACGACACGCCGCUUCAGGCCAACAUUCCUGGCAUUGACAGCUUCCAAGGAACCGUUGUUCACCCUCAGUUCUGGCCCAAGGACCUAGACAUCGAGGACAAAACGGUUGUCGUAAUCGGCUCUGGGGCGACAGCAAUCACUUUGGUACCGUCGCUUGCGCGGCAAGGCGCCACUCACGUCACCAUGCUGCAGCGCUCACCUUCAUACAUUGCCUCUGUGCCAGGCGAGAGCGCCAUGCAAGUAGUGACCAAGGCAUGCCUACCAGCAGACUUGGCAUCUCGCGUGAUCCGGAUGCAGUGGAUCAUAUUCAUGCUCGCUUUUGUGCGCUUCUGCCGCGCGUUUCCGGCGCUAAGUUGGGCUUUGUUGCUUGCCCGUACGCGCACCGAGCUCCCUCUGGACGAGUCCCUCAAGCCCAAUUUUACUCCAAGGUAUCAACCCUUUGACCAGAGCCUGUGUCUUACACCUGAUUCGGACUUUUACGAAAUGCUCCGCAAGGGAAAGACUUCCAUCAUAACAGGUUACAUUGAUACGGUGACGGAGGCGGGCAUCAAGCUCUGUACGGGGCCUGAACUACAACCGGACAUCAUCGUCACUGCCACGGGGCUGAAAUUGCGCUUUGGCGGCGACAUUCGUAUCACGAUUGACGAGCAGCCAUUCGUUAUUGGUGAGAACUUUGUCUGGAAGGGAUGCAUGCUCAAUGGUUUACCCAAUUGCGUCGCGAUACUGGGUUACUACGACGCGAGCUGGACCCUAGGUACAGACAUCUCGGCUAAGAUGGCUUGUCGUCUGAUAAACAGAGCAUGCAAGUUCAAAAACAAGGUCAUGGUGCCUCGGAGCAAGUCGGACAUGAAGCCGGUUCCUUUCAUGUACCUGAACUCGACUUAUGUCACGGCUGCUGACAGCAUUAUUCCAAAAGCUGGCACUUCGCCGCAAUGGAGGCCGAGACAGUCGUAUUGGAGCGAAAUGAGGAGUGUCUGGGUGGGUGACAUAACUACCGAUAUGGAAUGGUCGUGAUGGCUGGUAACUUUGUUAGUCCAAGUGGUUCGGUUGUUUCUACGGCACUAGCAUUAGCAGAAUGACAUGAGCUCUAGCGACGGCGGAGUGUUUGCUGUAAAUCAAUAUUAGGCAUCGUGAUUGGGUGUGCUGUCACACGGGCUUGAUUUAUCUUUUCUUGUGAAUUUGGGAUUUCUAGCCUCUUUAAAG